CAAUUCCCCAGCAGUGUUCGGCCGCGGAGAUCCUUAAGCAGCCAAGAUGCCUGAAGUCGCUCACAAUGGAGAGGAGGAGGUGGAGACAUUUGCCUUCCAGGCGGAGAUUGCGCAGCUCAUGUCCCUCAUCAUCAACACCUUCUACUCCAACAAAGAAAUCUUCCUGCGAGAGUUGAUCUCCAACGCCUCCGACGCCCUGGAUAAGAUCCGAUACGAGAGUCUGACCGAUCCCUCCAAGCUGGACAGCGGCAAAGACCUGAAGAUCGACAUCAUUCCCAACCGCCAGGAGCGCACACUGACUGUCAUCGACACCGGGAUUGGCAUGACCAAGGCCGACCUCAUCAACAACCUGGGAACCAUCGCCAAGUCCGGCACCAAGGCUUUCAUGGAGGCCCUGCAGGCUGGUGCUGACAUCUCUAUGAUUGGUCAGUUCGGUGUGGGUUUCUAUUCUGCGUACUUGGUGGCAGAGAAGGUCUUGGUCAUCACCAAACACAACGAUGAUGAACAGUACGCGUGGGAAUCCUCCGCCGGCGGCUCUUUCACCGUGAAGACUGACCAUGGUGAGCCCAUUGGCCGUGGUACCAAAGUCAUCCUCUACCUGAAGGAAGAUCAGACAGAGUACCUGGAGGAGAAACGUGUCAAGGAAACCGUGAAGAAACACUCGCAGUUCAUUGGCUACCCAAUCACCCUCUAUCUGGAGAAGGAGAGGGAAAAGGAGAUCAGCGACGAUGAGGCAGAGGAGGAGAAAGAGGAAGAAAAGAAGGAAGAGGAGGGAGAGAACGACAAACCUAAAAUAGAGGACGUGGGCUCCGAUGAGGAAGAGGAGGGGAAGGACAAGAAGAAAAAGACAAAGAAGAUCAAGGAGAAGUACAUCGACCAGGAGGAGCUGAACAAAACCAAGCCCAUCUGGACCCGUAACCCAGACGACAUCACCCAGGAAGAGUACGGAGAGUUCUACAAGAGCCUGACCAAUGACUGGGAGGAUCACUUGGCUGUGAAGCACUUCUCUGUGGAGGGGCAACUGGAGUUCCGCGCUCUGCUCUUCAUUCCCCGCCGCGCCCCCUUUGAUCUGUUUGAGAACAAGAAGAAGAAGAACAACAUCAAGCUGUACGUGCGCCGCGUCUUCAUCAUGGAUAGCUGCGACGAGCUGAUCCCAGAGUAUCUGAACUUCAUUCGCGGGGUGGUGGAUUCUGAGGAUCUGCCCUUGAACAUUUCCCGUGAGAUGCUGCAGCAGAGCAAGAUCCUGAAGGUGAUCCGCAAGAACAUUGUCAAGAAGUGCCUGGAGCUCUUCACCGAGCUGGCCGAGGACAAGGAGAACUACAAGAAGUUUUACGAGGCUUUCUCCAAGAACCUGAAGCUCGGCAUCCACGAGGAUUCUACCAACCGCAAGAAGCUGUCUGAGCUCCUCAGGUACCACACUUCCCAGACAGGCGACGAGAUGGCCUCCCUAACAGAGUAUGUGUCCCGUAUGAAGGAGAACCAGAAAAGCAUCUACUACAUAACUGGUGAGAGCAAGGACCAGGUGGCCAACUCCGCCUUCGUGGAGCGGGUGAGGAAGCGUGGCUUCGAGGUGGUCUACAUGACUGAGCCCAUCGACGAGUACUGCGUGCAGCAGCUGAAGGAGUUCGACGGGAAGACGCUGGUGUCUGUGACCAAGGAGGGCCUGGAGCUGCCAGAGGACGAGGAAGAGAAGAAGAUGAUGGAAGAGAACAAGACCAAAUUUGAGAGUUUGUGCAAACUGAUGAAGGAAAUUCUGGACAAGAAAGUAGAGAAGGUCACCGUGUCCAACAGACUCGUCUCCUCUCCCUGCUGUAUCGUCACCAGCACCUACGGCUGGACCGCCAACAUGGAGCGCAUCAUGAAAGCGCAAGCUCUGCGGGACAAUUCCACCAUGGGCUACAUGAUGGCUAAGAAGCACUUGGAGAUCAACCCCGAGCACCCCAUCGUGGAGACCCUGAGGCAGAAAGCGGAAACCGACAAGAACGACAAAGCAGUGAAGGACCUGGUGGUGCUGCUCUUCGAGACCGCGCUGCUGUCAUCCGGCUUCUCCCUGGACGACCCCCAGACGCACUCAAACAGGAUCUACAGGAUGAUCAAGCUGGGUCUGGGUAUUGAUGAUGACGAUGCAACAGUGGAGGAAACUUCCCCCUCGGUGGCAGACGAGAUCCCACCCCUAGAGGGCGACGAAGAUGCUUCUCGCAUGGAGGAAGUCGACUAAUCGGUUUGCUGCCCGCUCGUCCUGCCCCCUCCCACCCGCGUAUGUGCACUGUCUGUAACUCGGUAGGGGGGCGACUUCUCCCUUGGACUCUAAAUAUCACAUGAUACUGGGGAUGGACUUCCCUCCUUAUAGAAUAUAUUUGGGGGAGCUUCAAGACUGAUGGCUGCUGACUUUAACCCUUUCCUCUGCACCCCCCUUGUUGUGUUCCAGUCUGAGCAGUUAGUUAUGUAAGUUAUUGUAGCAGUAUGGCAGCUAGCUUGGCUUGAGGUAGCCCUGAGUUAGUGGCCCGCUGUUAGCCAGCUGCUGGGGGGGGGGGUCUGUUUGACUCUCUCAAUGCACCUUACAGGCCCCCCCUCUAAUCCUACCCUCUGCCACUAUUGUAAUGGGCGUGUCCCUCUGUGCCCCCCCUGAGGCACGGGGGGUACUUACUGGGAAGCUUUAGAGACCCCCCUGCUGCCUUCUCCCAUUCACUUGCAUGGGGGGGGCGAUUGAAUGUGCUGGUGUUUGCAAAUAGAAACGCCAGGCCAGUCUGGGGGGGUGAGGUACUUCUGCCCAAUGCUACCUCAAUCUGUAGCACCCCCAAAUCUGCUGAGUGGUAGCCCCCAUCUCUCUGACUGGAAUCUCGUGCCCCCGCCCCCAGGAUGUCUUGAAUGCUGAGACCCCACCCCCAUCCUACACAUCUCUCUAUCGAGAGCCUCAAUACGGAACUUUAUUUUAUUUUUUGUUGUUGUAAAGUUGAGAAAUGUUGCGCAAAAUAAAGAUCUUUUUACAGUGAAA